UACUCCUCCUGCCUCCAUCCGUCCCGUCCGGAGCCUGUCAAGAUUGUGAAGCAGCUCCGUUCGCCGGCUCCUGUGGGUUGAGUCCGUGGAUUUAAUUUGCUGUAGCCGAGAGCGACAGCACGUCACGAAGCGUGGAACAGAUCACCAUUCCACGUCCAUAAUCUCGUUCGCCGCACGCUAAGAGCCAAUUUCACCAAGUGCUAAGUCGUGUCGCUGACCAGCAACUCUUCUCGAGGACUUCCGGAUAGAGAGAGAGAGAGAAAGAUAGAACGAGUCAAACCGUUCACCGAAACAUUGUAGAGUCAAAUAAAGCAUGCAAUACAACGGAUAUCCGCAAACGCAUGGCAGUUAUAGGCCCAGAGGAACUAGAGACCAUGUUAAUCGUACUGGAGGAAGUGGUGGAACUUAUUGGAACAGUCAGCAACAAACCCAAAAGGAAUACGGAACAAAGAAACAGAACAGGAAGACCCCAGGCGAUUUAUUAAAAAAACCUAAUUGGGAUCUGACAAAAAUGCCUGCGAUAACAAAGAGUUUAUAUGUUCCCCACAUAAAUGUUCUAAACAGAACACAUGACGAAAUCAGCAAAUAUCAUGCAAGCAAGGAGAUUACUGUCAAAGGCAACAAUACACCCUCUCCAAUCCAGGCCUUUGAGGAAAGCAAUUUUCCAGAUUAUGUAAUGGAGGAAAUCAAAAAGCAAGGAUUUGCUGAACCCACUGCAAUUCAAGCACAGGGGUGGCCAAUUGCACUUAGUGGACGAGAUCUUGUUGGAAUUGCGCAAACUGGGUCUGGAAAAACUUUGGCUUAUAUCCUUCCAGCCACGGUGCACAUUAAUCAUCAGCCUCGUCUUAGUCGCGGGGACGGUCCGAUUGUUUUGAUUCUCGCCCCCACGCGCGAGUUGGCCCAACAAAUUCAAACAGUUGCACGCGACUUUGGCUCGUCAUCAUGCAUUCGCAAUACCUGCAUCUUCGGCGGUUCGCCAAAGGGACCUCAGGCUCGCGAUCUUGAACGCGGGGUGGAGAUUUGCAUCGCGACACCCGGGAGAUUAAUCGAUUUCCUGGAGAAGGGCACCACGAACCUACGUAGAUGCACUUAUCUAGUGUUGGACGAGGCCGACCGAAUGUUGGACAUGGGUUUCGAGCCGCAGAUCCGAAAAAUCAUCGAGCAAAUCCGGCCUGAUCGACAGGUGCUCAUGUGGUCCGCCACUUGGCCCAAGGAGGUUCAGGCACUCGCCGAAGACUUUCUCACCGAUUACAUCCAGAUCAACAUCGGCUCUCUGACUUUGGCAGCGAAUCACAAUAUCCGGCAGAUCAUCGAGAUCUGCCAGGAACACGAAAAGGAAAUGAAAUUGGCGCAACUGUUGCGCGAAAUCGCGACCGAGCGUGGCAGCAAGAUGAUCAUUUUUGUGGAGACGAAGAAGAAGGUGGACGAUAUCACGAAGACGAUAAAGCGCGACGGCUGGUCAGCGAUCUCGAUCCACGGCGACAAGUCGCAACCGGAACGGGAUUACGUGUUGUCGGAGUUUCGUAACGGAAAGACCAUGAUUCUCGUCGCGACCGACGUGGCGGCGCGCGGCUUGGACGUCGAGGACGUUAAGUACGUCAUCAACUUCGAUUAUCCCAAUAGCUCCGAGGACUACAUCCACAGGAUCGGCAGAACUGGUCGCUGCCACAUGGCCGGCACUUCCUACGCUUAUUUCACGCCGAAUAACGCGAGACAGGCGAAGGAGUUGAUCGCGGUGCUGGAAGAGGCCGGCCAAGCUAUAAAUCCGCAACUGGCGGACAUGGCAAACUCAAUGAGAAACCAAUACGGGAAAGGACGACAGCGAUGGAGCCACGGACGUGGCAAGCAGGACAGCGUGCUGUCUCACGGCAGUCCCAGAAACAAUAUUAGUCCGACGAUAAACAACUGGCAGAGCCAGCACAUGCCCCAUCAGACGAGUCAGCACGGACACAACAAUCACAACCAGGUGGCGCAGGAGAAGAUGGUGGCGCGUCACCAGCGUAACCCGGGCGGCUAUCAACCCAAUCGGCAGAACAGCUAUCAGCCGCAGCACUCCUAUCAGCAGCAGCACCAGCAACCGCAUCAGCAGCAGCGACAAUCCACCGGUGGCUAUCAGAACAGCUACCAGACGGCCAACAACGCGUGUCAACCGACGCAUCAGACUGCCCCGAGCGCGCCCAGGUACCAGGGUGGACGGACCAGCGGUUAUCAGGGAGGUAAUCGUUUCCAGAACCGGCAGAAUGGCUUCAACGGUGGUCAGAACGGGCCGAACGUCUACUCGAUGCCGCCGCCGUUCAUGAUGCCGUCCGGCGGCCCCGCGGAUUCCGGGAUACAGAACCUCGUCAACAACAAGUUCUUCCAGACCAACCGGCCGCCGCCCAACGCCGGCGCUUGCGCCUAUCAAUCGAUGGGCCAUUACAGCCAGUUCCAGGCGGUGCCGACCUACGGUUACCCCUAUCCGCCUACCCCGGUGCAGCAGUGACGCUUCCCGCGGUGCAAGACCGUCGGAGUACGGGCUAAAUGAAGUGAAGUAGGUAAGCAAGCAAGCAGGCGGCGGCCCGCUUAUCGGGCGCCUCUCUGCAUAUGAUAGCGGAUUUCAAUUUAGCUGCAGUAGACUGCCGAUUUAUCGUCCGAGGAAAAAAAGGCUGACUAAAUUUUCGAGUACACUGUAAACAAAUAUAUAAUAUAUUGCGUAAACGUAAAAAAUGUAAAGUUACAUCAAUAAUGAGUGUAAAAUUUCAUUAUUUAUCGUGUAAUUUUACAUCUAUUUAUGGAAUUUUACAUAUGUUUAUGCAAUAUAUUAUAUAUUUUUUACAGUGUAUGUAUUAUAUUUUCUUGGGAGAAAUUCAACUGAAAUUUUAAAUUGGAGUUUCUCGUGGGACUUAAUUGAUUCGUGAAUAUCUUUUUAAUAUCUUGUAAAGAAGAAUUGUUUGUUUGCGAGGAAUAAAUUAAUUAUUAAUAUUACUUUCUCAAGUUCUCUCUAAA